AUGGAUCAGAAACUGAAACCGAUGCACUUCUUCUCUACUCUUCUCCGAUUGCAAGAAAAGGAAGUAGUGUUGUGGGAUAUCAUCGUUAUUACUGAGAAGAAGUGGCUUAUGGAGGUGAGCAUGGCGUGCGGCGUUAGGGUUAACAUGGAGAAUCACUGA